CAUCUCACCAUCACCAUCACCACCAAGCGAACGAGCUACCUGAGGACCGUCGGCGAGCGAGAGAGGGCGGCGGCCGGAGAGGGGGCGGCGAAGCCGAUUUCGGGAGAGAUGGCGUUCAUCCAGCGCGCGGUGAAGGUGCCGCCGAACUCGGCGUCGCUGGAGGAGGCGCGGCACCGCGUCUUCGACUUCUUCAGGCAGGCGUGCCGCUCCAUCCCCUCCGUCAUGGAGAUCUACAACCUCGACGACGUCGUCACCCCCGCCCAGCUCCGCUCCAGCAUCUCCCAGCAGAUCCGCAGGAACAAGGGCGUCUCCGACCCUAAGGUCAUUGAUAUGCUUCUCUUCAACGGGAUGGAGGAGCUGAACAACAUUACUGAGCACGCGAAGCAGCGCCACCACAUCAUCGGCCAGUAUGUGGUUGGACAUAAGGGUCUGGUGCAGGACCUGGACUCCAAGGACCAAGGGAGCUCUGAGUUCCUUAAGAAAUUCUACACCAGCAAUUACUAGAUCCCAAGGCAACAACACAAAUUUUCACAUUUCUGUAGCAGUGCCCUUUGACAUGUGUGCGCUCUUAAUAAAGACGCUGAGAAACCUACCCAGCCCAGCCCGAUUUGUUGUUACUGGAGGUUUGCUUUGUUCUGUUCCACCCUCUCGACUCAAAUUAUAUGCUGUUGCUAGUGAAAUUGCUUGUAACCUGGGGACUGCUCUACUUUCAGACCUGUUGUUCAGGAUCGGAUAGUAGCUUCUUAUAUAUUCUUAUAUGGCUUCUUUCCUGGGUUAGAA